UGGUUUGCAGCUUUUGUCAUCGAGUGUAUUGUCAUCUUUUUACUGAAUGCUUUCACUCUCGCCACCUACAUAAGAAACCGCCACUUACGCAAGCGCAGUACGUACCUGAUAAUAAAUCUGACUGUGGCCGAUUUACUGGUGGCAACAGUGGCCGGACCUUCUANUACCGAUCGUCUAUAUUUACGAAGAAAAAUAGAAAAGAAUAGCUUAGCUUUGUUAUGCUUUUGCUCAAAAUUUUGGAACAACGUUUUUCUAUUUGACUGGAUGUAUUACUUUGCAUAGAUACGGGUAAAUGCCUCGUUUAGCGAUACAUCAAUGCAAAUUUUUUAACUUUUUUUAUUUCUGAAUAUAUUGCUUUCCUUGAAAAUAUACUCUAAAUAGCAGCUUUCUUGCUUUGCUUUGAGUGCUCAGUAGAACACCUGUUAACACCGUUUAUGGGCCAAUUGAGACGUCAUCCAUUUUUUAAAUCUUUUUAUUUCAUUUUUUCGCCUUUUUUUCGCUCUGCGUGACUGCUUCUCGUAUUAACAUGCUGUUUUGUUUGUAAAUUUCCUGUAGAAAAGGGGGAUGCCACUGGUAAUCAUAACACUUAUUGAGAAUGAAACAUUGCUGGAACGUUUCGAAUGAGACUGGUAGAAUUAUUUCUGAAAAGGAAAGAGGAGCUUGGUUUGCAGCUUUUGUCAUCGAGUGUAUUGUCAUCUUUUUACUGAAUGCUUUCACUCUCGCCACCUACAUAAGAAACCGCCACUUACGCAAGCGCAGUACGUACCUGAUAAUAAAUCUGACUGUGGCCGAUUUACUGGUGGCAACAGUGGCCGGACCUUCUAUAAUAUUCGAAGGAGACAACCUGGGGACGGUGGAGGGUCUUGAACAAGAUUUAAGUUGGCAAUCAUUUAUGUAUUUCACAUCACAGGAGCUUUUUUUAGUUGCUUCAUUAGCUAAUAUUUCAUUGAUCUCGUUAGAGAGGUUACACGCAACACUUUUCCCCUAUAGGCAUUGUCUUGUUGGAACAGGAGUUUACCUCACCACUAUUUUGUGUAGCUGGUUGUUCUCCUUGACUUUGUCAUCUGUCUUUUCUCUUCUUACUUUCCGCGCUUCGCCGGCUUCUUUUCUGUAUGUCAUUGCAUCUUACGUUUUUCUAUCCCUUCUUAUUCUCACAGUUUCAUAUUCUAUAAUCAUCUCAACCGUUAAAAACAACCCUCACACACCUAAUGCUGGAACAGCACUUUCAAAAGAAAGGAAACUAACGGUGACCUUAUUUACAGUUACUGUGGUCUCUUUUCUGACCAUUUUUCCUUGGGCUAUUUGGACUGUUGUCCCCCAACGCAUACGGAGUAAAUUAUGCCCUGCAGUACUUUCCCGCAUCGAUUACUCGUUUGACUUACUCUAUCUUUUCAAUUCUAUAGUCAAUCCCCUAAUAUAUGCAGUAAGAAUGCAAGAAUUUAGGAAAGCAGCCACAAAACUUUUUUGUACUAAGACAUCAAAACUAGUGCGAGUCCCACCCAUGGAACCUCUUACAUUGCAUGUACGUACUCAAGCAAUACCUGUUGAAGAACGAACAUAA